UUUUUACUUUCAAGAUCUAACACGAUCAUCAUCAUAAACGAAUAUGAUCUUCAACUGAAGGAAAGAAAAUGCCUUUACAUGAGGAAGAGUUUGAACACUGGUUGAAUUCAUUUGUACAGACUUUUAAAGGGCUGGAAGAUGAGCAGAAAACAAGAACAUUAAAAGCUAUACUGGAAGUAUGUGGCUGUGAGCAGCUAACAUAUCUCACACAAGUGUUCAUUCCAAGCAGUUGUCAAAUAGACUUCCUUUCUCACCUACCCCAUGAUGUUGUUAUCAAGAUUUUAAAAUACCUGGAUGGGAAAAGCCUAAAGCAAUGUAGAAAAGUUUGCAAAUCUUGGAACAAGGUUAUAAACUCUAGCAAGGAAGUUUGGCUUCAUCAGUUCUGGAAACUUGGUGGUCAGGUGUUAGCUCCGUCCUCCAUCACAGGGAAGGAAGCUCGGAAACUUUACUGGCACCAGUAUCAUUAUAAAGAAAAUUUCAAUGAGGAUCUGGACAAGGCGCAGUUUGUUUUUGGCCCCUAUGAUGAUGAGGAUACUGAUGAAUAUUACAAACUCAAAAGCACAUACUUUUAUAAACCAUAUCUGGCUGUUGGGAGUGAAGACAGAAGUGUAUAUUUCUGGGAUACAACAACUGGUAUAGCCUAUCUAGUAAAAGUGAUUGAGGCCCACAGUAUAUGUCAGAUCAAAUUUGACAAGGAAUUCCUGUACACAGCUUCAUAUGACAACACUGCUGCCUGCUGGAAUUUGGAAACUGGACAACGUCACAGUAGAUUUGUCGGUCAUGUCAAUGCAGUCAUGUGCAUCGAACCGAUAAGGAGGCAUAAACUAGUGCUCACAGGGUCAGCUGACUCUACCAUCAAAAUCUGGGACCAUGAUUCAGGGGAACUUUUACAGACUUUAGUGAAAUUUCAUUCCGGGUGGAUUAAGCAGGUCCAAGCAUUAAAUUCCCCAUUGUCUGACCAUUCAGUGAUGCUAUCAUGUGAUACAAAAGGACAGAUUUGUGUGUGGAGUAAAUUUUUCAACCAAGACAGAACACUUUCUCAUGAACAUCAUAUGCUGUUGAAUGUGCCCUUUUGCUUAUCUUCUCCCAUUGUUACAAACGAUGGAUUAGUAUGCAUACCUGCUGACAUAUCCCAAGUAGAUGUUAACAAUAGUACAGUGAAUAUCAUACAGAGUGGCAGAGGGAUGUUAUCUUUCUUCUCUGUAACAGUUGAGAGGAAAAAUGGAAAUGACGCUCUGGUUUGCUCAUGUGUUCGGAAGGUCUCACUUCCCUCGAAUUUGUCUGAGAGUCGGACCCUGAUUGGUGCUGGUAAUAGGUUUGCUGUUUUCCAUGUGACAGAAGAUUAUGUCUCAGAAGAGGGUGAUCUCUAUCCCUCCUCCCUCUCUAUUGUUGACUUAGAACUAAAGGAAAUCUACCAAACUUCUCCAGUGAUUCAUGAAAGUCCCUUUGGUGAGCCACCUAUUUUAGGAGACACUGAUUGGUUGGAUGGGUUUAAUGAAAGUAAUCAUCCAUGGCAGCUUCUAAUCACACAGAUGGGAGAUUGUCACCUUAGUCUUACAACAGGCAGCAAAUAAUGAGGACACCACAAAUAAGAUCACCACAAUGCCAAGUGAUAGGAAAAUGAAAGUAAAUAAGGACACCACAAUACCAAAUGAUUGAGAUGUGAUAGGAAAUAGGGACAGCACAAUACCAAGUGAUAGAGAAAUGAUAGCAAACAGGGAAACCACAAUACCAUUGACUCAGAAGUAAUAGCAAAUAAGGACACCACAAUAGCAAGUGAAAUAGAAGUGAUAGCAAAUAAGGACACCAAUAUAGCAAGUGAAAUGGAAGUGAUAGCAAAUAAGGACACCAUAAUACCAAGUGAAAUGGAAGUGAUAGCAAAUAAGGACACCACAAUACCAAGUGAAAUGGAAGUGAUAGCAAAUAAGGACACCACAAAACCAAGUGAAAUGGAAGUGAUAGCAAAUAAGGACACCACAAUAGUAAGUGAAAUGGAAGUGAUAGCAAAUAAGGACACCACAAUAGCAAGUGAAAUGGAAGUGAUAGCAAAUAAGGACACCACAAUACAAAGUGAUUGAGAAGUGAUAGCAAAUAAGGACACCACAAUAUCAAGUGAUUGAGAAGUGAUAGCAAAUAAAGACACCACAAUACCAAAUGAUUGAAUGACAAAUAAUAACAAAUAAGGACACCACAAUACCAAAUGAUUGAGAUGUGAUAGAAAAUAGGGACAGCACAAUACCAAGUGAUAGAGAAAUGAUAGCAAACAGGGAAACCACAAUACCAUUGACUGAGAAGUAAUAGCAAAUAAGGACACCACAAUAGCAAGUGAAAUGGAAGUGAUAGCAAAUAAGGACACCACAAUAGCAAGUGAAAUGGAAGUGAUAGCAAAUAAGGACACCACAAUACCAAGUGAAAUGGAAGUGAUAACAAAUAAGGACACCACAAUAGCAAGUGAAAUGGAAGUGAUAGCAAAUAAGGACACCACAAUACCAAGUGAAAUGGAAGUGAUAGCAAAUAAGGACACCACAAUAGCAAGUGAAAUGGAAGUGAUAGCAAAUGUAUUCACAUUUUUAAAUUAUUCUGAUAUAACCAAGGUCUUUGGUUGCUAAAAAAGUUACACAUGGCUUUAUAAAUGAUGAUUGCAAAUAUCCUCCCAUGUUUAGACCCUAUAAUAUUAACUAGACAUUAGCCACUUUGUCCUAGGGUUAUUAAACUCUCCACUUGUACUCUGUACUUUAUGAUUCAUGGAUAUCAAAACGUUUGAUUUUAUUGUUACUUCACUUUAUCAAUGUUGUUGUUGAUGUUUUUUUUUUUUGGCUGUCAUUUUCACACUUUUUAUUGAAGUAAAAUUUAAAAUUCUUUGA